AUGAGCAUGGCGAACAAGGUCCUUCAACUCAUACAAGAAAGUGGCGCAAAAUGGGUCGAUUUUCGCUUUACUGAUACUAAGGGUAAAGAGCAGCACGUAAGCUACCCAUCAGACACUAUCGAUGAAGAUACUUUUGAAGAUGGUAAAAUGUUUGAUGGUUCUUCAAUUGCUGGUUGGAAAGGCAUUGAAGCAUCUGACAUGAUUUUACGUCCAGAUCCUGAAACUGCUUUCCUUGACCCGUUCUUUGCUGAAGCAACCAUCGUCGUUACUUGUGAUGUUAUUGAACCAUCUACUGGUCAAGGUUAUGACCGUGAUCCACGUUCGAUUGCUCGUCGUGCGGAAGAAUACCUAAAAUCAACAGGUAUUGGUGAUACUGCAUUCUUUGGUCCAGAACCAGAAUUCUUCGUUUUUGAUGAAGUUAAAUGGGACAUCGAUAUGUCUGGCGCUCGCCAUACAUUAAUCGCUGAAGAAGCUGCUUGGUCUACAGGUAAAGACUACGAAGCAGGUAACUCUGGUCACCGUCCUCGUGUUAAAGGUGGUUAUUUCCCAGUUCCUCCAGUAGAUUCUUCACAAGAUAUGCGUGCUGAAAUGUGUGCACGUAUCGAAGACAUCAUGGGCCCUGGUCGUGUAGAAGUGCACCAUCAUGAAGUUGCAUCUUGCCAAUUAGAAAUUGGUGUAAGCUUCAAUACGAUGGUUCGUAAAGCUGACGAAGUUCAACAGUUCAAAUAUGCUGUAUGGAACGUUGCGCAUCAAUAUGCGAAAACAGCGACGUUUAUGCCUAAGCCUAUGGUUGGUGAUAACGGUUCAGGUAUGCAUGUUCACAUGUCUAUCUCUAAAGAUGGCAAGAACUUGUUUGCUGGUGAUGAAUACGCUGGUCUUUCAGAAAUGGCGCUUUACUUCAUCGGUGGUAUCAUCAAGCAUGCGCGUGCAUUGAAUGCGAUCACAAACCCUUCUACUAACUCGUAUAAGCGUUUGGUUCCUCAUUUCGAAGCGCCAAUUAUGCUUGCUUAUUCUGCACGUAACCGUUCUGCUUCUAUUCGUAUCCCAUACGUUUCUAGCCCUAAAGGUAAACGUAUUGAAGCGCGUUUCCCUGAUCCAAUGAUGAACCCAUACUUAGGUUUUGCGGCAUUAUUGAUGGCUGGUCUUGAUGGUAUUCAAAACAAGAUCCACCCAGGUGAAGCAGCUGAUAAAAACUUAUAUGAUCUUCCUCCUGAAGAAGAAGCUAAAAUCCCAACAGUUGCGCAUAGCCUAGAUAUGGCACUUGAAGCACUUGAAGCGGAUCAUGAGUUCCUUCUUAAAGGUGGUGUAUUCACAAAAGAAAUGUUGGAUGCAUACAUCGAGCUUAAAACUGAAGAUGUACGUCGUUUAAAUACGACGACUCACCCAGUUGAAUUUGAUAUGUACUAUAGCUUGUAA